AUGAAAAGGGCGUUGCAGAUUUGCAUGGAUGAUUCACCUCCCACGAAGCGUCUUCGGGGUGGCUGCAGUGGUUGGUUGGAGGCAUUUCUUUCAACACUGGUUCACGCAGUAGACUUGCAAAGAAGUGCAAGACGCGGUCUUGCGCACGUUUGGUUGCAUUUCUUGUACCAGCCACUAGUUUACCGACGGCGAGUGCAGGCUGCUCACGAGUUUCUUGCCAGGCGGAGUCGCAGCCGGUCGAUGAGCGAUGUGGAGGAUGCGAUUCAGAAGGCUGAAGCAAAGCCUUUCCGUGCAGUUCUUCGCGCAGAUUUCUGGCAGCAUCAAGACCCACCGACCGAAGCACGCGACACCCUUUUGCAGAAACGUCUGGCGUUGAGAACUGAACUGGAAUUGCAAUUGCAGAGGCAACUUAUCAAGGAGAACGAAGGUGGCAUGGGCUUAGCCCUUGUUUCGCUCGGCUUGUGCGGCUCGCGCCUUCGAACGGAUGCCAUGCAGCGGCACUACUUCGGAAAAGUUCCUUUAGAAGUAGAACGUGGUACAGCGUUCGAUUCUGCUGUUGAGUCAAUUUUGGCUGCAAGGCCAUCGCACCUGCUUUCAGGAGUUCAUGUAAGAUUCCACGAAAGCAGUGGUCUAGCGGAAGCCGGAGUUGACAGCGGCGGAUUGACGCGAGAGUUCUUUGAUUUGGUUAUCAAGGAUCUCUCAGAGCCGUUCCAGCCAGCAAGUGUGAUGAAACAGGAGCCCAAAUUUCGAAGAAGCGUGUCUGUGGAAGGCAUUGGCGAGCCCAUGUUCUGUCAGCAGGCAGAUGGCUCCUUGAUGUUGGCAUCCUCUUCGCGCCCUCAUGCAGUGUACUUCGGAUUGGGCCGCCUCAUUGGAGUAGCACUUGUCCACGCAAGCUAUGGAGAUGCUGCACUUCCGUUGCCUUUAUCUGAUUGCCUACUCAAGUGCAUGGUGGGGGCUCCCAUAACUGCUGCUGACGUUCGAAAACGUGAUCCCAUCUAUUACAAGAACCGCAUUGAAGCGGUGCUUUCCAGCCAGGGACGUCUCAUGGUCACCGCAGCACUGAUGGAGGACAAGCUGGUGUUUGCAGAGGGCGAAAGGGAGUUGAAACCUGGAGGUGCCACAGAGGAGGUAACUGACGAAAACGUGAUGGAGUACGUGGCGCUGCUCAGUGAGGACUAUAUAUGUGGCGGCGUGCGGACAGAAAUCUCGGAGUUCCUUGCAGGAUUCCACGACAUUGUGCCGCGGAAGCUGCUUCAACAGGCGGGCUUGUCCUGGGUUCACUUGGGCAACUUGCUUUCUGGGGUGGAUUACAUUGAUGUUGAAGCGUGGAGACGCUAUGCUCGAGUGCGGGCUGCUGGUGUUGCUGAAGACGAAGCGCUCAGAGUUGCGAACGUUUUUUGGGACACCUUGGAACACUGGCCAGCUGUGGAACGGAGUGCUGUGCUGGCCUUUGCGAGUGGUUGCUCACGCAUUCCAGCUUGCGGCUUUGCAUUCUUAGACCCGCCCUUCACUGUGGAGGUGAUCCCCUUCUCGAGCAAGCUGCCAACUUCGCACACCUGCUUCAACACCAUAACUCUCCCCGCCUACUCUCCCGAAGUGCUUGAAAAGAAGUUAGCCUUUGCAGUGCAGGAGCACGGGAGUUCUGCAAAGGAGCUCCGCUCGCCAGACUCCGUGGAGAAGCUCCAGGCCUUCAGAAGAUGGACGUGCUGCUUCUGCGUCUGUAUCUUUGACCUGGAGCAAGGACAGCGGUUGGAGCUCGAAAUACCCAGCAACAGCCCUCUCUCUGACGAAGACCGCCAGCUUUUGCGGUACCUUGCGUUUCCGGAUUCGGGCCCCAGCCGCCUGACGUCUGUGGAAACUGCAGUGUUUCCGUUUCGCUUCCGCAGAGGGAGUGGAGCAUCUAGAGGUCGCAGCACCGGCCAGGCAAGAAGGGACUUGCCACUGGAGCAGGAUGACUUUUGGUAUGCAGCAGCGUACUUUCAGCAGCAGCCAGAUGAGGCGAGCAAGCGACACUGUGUACAGCGCAGCCUGGUUGUUGUCUCGCAACAUGGCUUCCUGGCAUUUUGGGCCGCGCUCAUGACAGAGGUGGGCAAGCACUUCCAGGAGCACGGACCCGAUGUUCUCGAGGAAGUCUUGGCCACAGCUAAGAGUCGGAAGGUGCGGCAUGUGCAGCAUUUGCGGCAUCUUUGCUUACAAAACGGCGACUGA